GCACACACUGCACACGGCUGUAGAGGGUGUGUAUUCUCAGUAGGUGGUGGUGUGCACUGCAUGCUGCAGCACGACUCCCGCAGAAGAAGCAGAGAGACUCGGAACCACUUUGAAUGGAAACUCCCUUUUUCUCCUGUUACUGUCACACAGUUUGGUAAUUUAGAUGAAGUAACUCGAACUUCAGAAAGCGGUUAUAAACGGAGCAAAAAUGCGCGACCGAACCAAAGAACUGGGAAAUCCUGCAGAUGGCUCGGAUGAAGAUGAUGAAGGCACAGCACUCAUGAUCAAACCAGGCACAGGGACCUCCAUGAAGGAGGACCGAGAGAAUGAGUCUUUCUUUCGGAAGGUCCAUGACAUUCGAGAGGGGCUUGAAACUCUUAAGAAGAAAGUAUCUGAACUGGAGAACAAACAAAAAACAGUUUUAGGUGUAGCACUUCCAGAGGAAAGUAUGAAAAAGGAACUUCAGACUAUAAGGGAUGAGAUCAAAGUAUUAGCUAGCCAAAUCCAGAAGAAACUGAAGAAUAUUGAAAUCAAGAAACCCGACGAAGAUGGGAAAUAUGUUCCAAUAAACUUAAGAAUGCAAAGAACACAGCAUGCUGUCCUCUCCCGAGACUUCAUUGAGUUGAUGGGUUACUGUAACACAAUUCAGGCUCAGUACAGAGAUAGAAAUGUAGAGAGGAUACAAAGGCAACUCAAAAUCACUGGCUCUAAUGUGACUGAUGAACAGUUGGAGUCAAUGCUAGAGAGUGGACAGACAGAUGUGUUCACACAAAAUAUCUUAAUAGAUGCCCAAGCCACCAGGCAGGCACUAAAUGAGAUUGAGUCACGGCAUGAUGAGAUUCUUAAACUGGAGAAAAGCAUCAGAGAUCUUCAUGAAAUGUUUCAGUAUCUUGCCAUGGAAGUGGAGGCACAGGGGGAAAUGGUUAAUCGUAUAGAGAACAACAUAGUUAACUCUUCUAACUAUGUAGUGAAGGCUGUUGAAGACACAAAGGCAGCUGUUGUAUCACAAAACAAGGCCAGAAAGAAAAAAAUCUGGAUUGCAGUGUGCAUUUUAAUUUUACUUUUGAUAAUAAUCAUUGCCCUGGCUGUUAGUUUGAGCUGAGAUGAGUCCAGUACUAUUAAAGGAGGUUUGUACACUUCACCAGAUAGAGCAAGAUAUCAUUAAAUGAAACUUUAAUUCACAUUCUCUCAAAAACAUACACAAUGGCUCACGCAUCUCCUAAUUCCAACUUUACUGACAUUUCAGCUUGAUUGGCUUAUAUCUGCUGCAUUUCAUGUAGCAUUUGUUUUUUUUUUUUUUUAGCAUUAAAAAUCUUAUUUAUAGAUUAACUUUUUUUAAUUGGACCCACAUAUUUCUCCCUUUGCAGCGUUCUGAAAUGUAUCUCUGAAAUUAGGUGACCCUUUCUGUAACCAGUAUCUAUACAACGGCUCAAACAUUCUUAACAUCCUUGAUUUCUGCAGUCAUUUUUUACGGUUUGAACAGAGAUUGGAGAAUCCAUUUCUGGAUCCAAAUUCCAAGAUCUAGUGGAAAGCCUUCCUGGAAGAGUAAAGGAUGUGAUAGCAGCAAAGGGGGAACAACUCUAUUAAUUCCCAUGGGUUUGGAAUGGGAUGUUCACAUAUGGGUGUGAUGGUCAGGUGACCACAUAUUUUUGGCCAUAUAGUGUACAUACAGGGGAAAACAAUUUAAAGUGUCUUAUAAAUAUAGUGUCUUAUUUAAAGUGUCUCAUAAAAUUUUGAGCCACCACAACCCUAAAGGAUGAAAGACCACUGUUCUAAAACAUAUUCCCUUAAACAUAUUCCCUUAGAUGAUGGUGGUGGAGAGUACUGUUUAACAUAUCAGUCCAAAAAAUCCCAUUUUUCAUAUAUUUGUCAGACCUGAGCAGCUCAGAUUUAAAAAGACUGAUGUGUUACUUGUACAGUGAAGUAUUCUUAAAUAUUAUUAUUGUUGUUAAUAAUUUGUAUUAUUUCCCCCUCUUCCCCCAGUGUCCUCCUUCUGCUGGUCUCCUAUGCUUUGCAUUUUAACAAAUUAUGUGUAGAUGACACAAACCUGUUUUUCACUAGCCACGGUCUCUUCAGCUCUUCCAAGUUAACGAUUAAUGGCCUUUUGGCAUAGAGAUGAACACUCGUUUCGAAACUGUUCUGCAAUAUGAUGAAUAAGGAUCACAUAAACAGUUUUUUUUUUUUAAAUAACACUGACAUAGAAAUAACUCUUCUCAGGAAACCCCAAAUGAUAAAACAGAGUUUUAAUAUAUAAAGCAUACAGAAGAACCUCAGAAUCACUGUAAGAUAUAUGAGCUUUGUUUUUAUCUUUCUGUUGAAAAUAUUAUUUGUUAGUAUUGUGUUCAUUUUGACACUAUGUCAGAGAAGAAAUUUCUAAAGCUUAUGUUACGUCUGUAUAUACACAAACUAAUCUUUUACGUCUUUGCUUUUAUUUUACAGUAUCUGCUCCUGAAAUAUUAAUUACUGUCAUUUUCAUGUCAUAAGAUAUAUGUACUCUUUACCUAAUCACAGCUCUUCAUGUAGUUCUGUAGUGUGAGCUGCCCUCUACCGUGGAAGCUAGGCAGUAGAAAUUGUUCAUUAAUUAAGUAACACACUAAAAAAAUGUGCUGUGUUAUUUAUUUGGGCCUUGUCUCAAAUAGACCAUGUAGAUCUGCUUUUGAAGCAUUUGUUAUGUACACUCAGUAACUUUCUAGUGCCUUUGCCUUAUUAAUUGAGGCCUAAUUAAUUUCGAUCUGUAUGAAUUUAGUGGCAGGUAAUAUCAGAGUACUGCAGUAUUUUGGUGCAUGAUGUGGUGUCAUUUUGUACUGAACUACCUGUAAUUUUAAUACAGAACUGUUGUUUUAAAAUAAAAUGCAUCUUAUACUAAA